AUGACAAAGGGUGUGGCGGCCAAGAAGUUUGCCUAUGCAACAUUGAUUACACGUGCCAGCUAUCUCGCCGGCGUGGUGGUUUUGGCGCACACGUUGAGGAACCAUGGUAGCCAAUAUCCUCUAGUUGUGCUGUAUACACACACCCUUUCCGACCUGGCCCUGGAAGCCUUGAGACUCGAGGCUGAUGAGAGCAAUAUUAUACUACGGCCGUGUGAUGUUCUCCUCCCGCCCAAGAACACCAAGGUCACUCUCAUAGCGGAACGCUUUGCCGAUACUUGGACGAAACUGCGUGUUUUCGAACUCGCCGAGUAUGACGUCGUCUGCUACUUAGACGCCGAUAUGGCAGUUUUCCGCAAUGCGGACUCGGUGUUUGACAAGACAGUGGAACUUCCAGACGGCUGGAUCGGAGCAAAUCACUCCUGUGUAUGCAACAGAGAUGGCGAUCCCUGGGCUCCAGAAGAUUGGCGUCGCGAGAACUGUGCUUAUACGCCCGUCAGUCAUCCCCUGGCGCUCACUCAACCUACACAACCCACAGCGAAAGGGCCUAGGACGCAUACUCUCCUCAACGGCGGAAUGUUCCUGUUUCGCCCCACGCCGGAACUAUGGACUGAUAUGCUAGCCGAGUUUCACACAACGCCGUUGUUAUCUUCCUUCAAGUUUCCAGAUCAGGAUUUCCUGGCGCACUACUUUCGAGGCAAAUGGCGGGCGCUUGGAUGGCAGUACAAUGCUUUGAAGACGAUGAGAUACUGGCACGAGAACAUCUGGCGAGACGACGAAGUGAUUUGCUUGCACUAUAUUGUCGACAAGCCAUGGGCGAAACGGAAUGCCAUGGACGGCACAGCAGGGUACAAGGGGCGUGACGGCGUGACGCAUCAAUGGUGGUGGGACGCGUAUGAGCAGUGGGAGAAGGGGAAGGAAGCGUCAACGGUAACCGCGCCUAGGGUGAUAGACCUGGUGAGGAAGGGUGUUGCACCGCCUGAUGGGACAAAUCAUGUCGAUUGGACCGGCGGUGACGAAGACCCUGAUAUGAAGGCUAUUGGGAGUAAUGUUCAGGGAUUUGCCAACAAUAAAUAA